ACAGCAGGCUGUGGCAGAGAAGUGGAAGGGGGGAGGGCAAAAAGAAGGAGGUGAUUGUUGAAGUUUUGUAGAAUUAUAUAAAGAAGUCCAGAGUGAGGGGGGGAGAGCACGAAGCUAGCGGAACCAAGCUCACAACAACGCCAAGAAGAUUUGUAUAUUCCGAAGCGAGGGCCAGCAGAUGCCAUGGCUGCAGAUUGGAACCCAGCUUUUCACAUGCUGCUCCUACUCCUGGUGGAUCUCAGUGACGGCUCCUCCCUAACCACAUCCCAACAGGUCUCCACGACUCAUCCUAACACUUCUCUGACUCUGAGGCCACGCAGCAAUGGGCCCCAGCCCAUGAACCUCAACCCUGAUGACUAUGACCCGGACGGCGAUGAUGACGCGGUGCCAACCAGAGCACCUGCUCCUCCGAGGGACACAGACCUGGAGCCCUGUGACUACGACCCCUGUCAGCACGAACAGAUUCCCUGCCACCUCCUGUCUGCGCAGGGAGACUGCCUUUGUCCAGGCCUGACUUCUUCCCUGGAUGUUCCCGAACCUCCAUCCCUGAUGGUCCUGUCCCAGGAGGGGUCUGAAGUGGUGGUCCAGUGGUGUGCACCGUCCUCACCCGUGACCUCUUACAUGGUGACGGUGGAGGCAGGGAACACCAAGGAGUUUGGGCAGAAUGUGAGGCGAGGCUCCAUAGGGGAGGUGCCGCAGGGGGCGAAGGUGUGUGUGUUGGCAUUGAACGACUCAGGCCUCAGUGAUCCUGUGGGGGGGUCCUGUGCGACAUUUCAGUCUUCUGAGAAGAGCAGUACGGCUCUGAAAGCGGGGCUGAUUGGAGGGGCUCUGGGGUUCCUCUUGCUUCUCUCCCUGGCUCUGCUGCUGUGGAGGCUUAGGGCUCGCAGGAAAGCAGGCACACGGAUCUCUACACAUGACACACUAGAAACCUUUUGAGAAAACUGCUAUAAGUAUAAGUGGAGUCAGGUGGCUGAGCGGUUAGGGAAUCGGGCUAGUAAUCUGAAGGUUGCCAGUUUGAUUCAUGGUCGUG